UGUCAUGUGUCAUUAACAGCUGAUAUUAUGAUUGGUUUGUGACUUGUUUCUGACGUUUCGAUCCUCUGUUUAUAUAUUUGGCAUAUUUUUGAUAUAAAACUGAAUCAAAAGAUUAAAAUUAAAAAGAUGGAUAUAGAGGACGAUAUUGAGGACGACAACCAAACUGUAUUUAUUACAUUCCCACCCUUAGUUCAAAAGGCAAUUGAAGAGGUAUUCCCAAGUAAAGAUCCCCUUGACGAGCCAGAUUUUAACAGUAUUGACUAUAUUAAUUCUUUAUUUCCAACGGAACAGUCUCUUUCAAAUAUAGAUGAAGUAGUUUUAAAGGUAGAAAAUAAAAUAAAUGCAAUAGAUAAUGAAAUAAGUACUGUAGUUCGGGGGCAAAUUACAGCUAGUGAGGAGGGAAAGCAAGCUCUAGAAGAAGCACAAAAGGUUAUAAGACUGCUCUUUACUCACAUCACAGAUAUUAAACAACAAGCAGAAAAAUCAGAAGAGAUGGUUCGUGAAAUAACUAGAGACAUCAAGCAGUUAGAUUCAGCGAAAAGGAAUCUAACACUAGCCAUAACUACCCUGAAUCACUUACAUAUGCUAGUAGGAGGAGUUGAUACACUUAAGUCUCUCACCCAAAGAAGAUUUUAUGGGGAAAUUGUCCUGCCGCUUCAAGCUAUUAGUGAAGUUAUGACUCACUUUGAAAACUAUUCUAACAUACCACAAGUGAAAAGUUUAAGUGACCAAGUGAAAUCCAUACAUCUGGAAUUGGCUGAUCAGAUAACACAUGAUUUUAAAGAAGCUUUUUCAGGUACUAACACAAAAGUCGUUCUUCCCAACAAACAACUAGCCCAGGCUUGUUUGGUUUUGUCAAUUUUGGAUCCAAAAGUUAAAAAAGAACUGCUGAAAUGGUUUGUGAACUUACAGUUGCAAGAAUAUAGCCAUCUAUUUGAAGAAACAGAAGAUACUGCUUGGCUGGACAAAAUAGAUAAGAGAUAUGCAUGGAUAAAGAAACAUUUGUUGGAAUUUGAAGACAGGCUGGGCAAUAUGUUCCCUCAACAUUGGGAAGUAUCAGAACGAAUAGCAGUCCAGUUUUGCCACAACACAAGAGAAGAACUAGCCAAAAUCAUGGUGAAGAGAAAAAAUGAAAUAGAUGUAAAAUUGUUACUUUAUGCUAUCCAGAAAACCUCAGCAUUUGAAGGUCUUUUAGCCAGAAGGUUCACUGGUGUAACAUUGUCUGAAAAUAGCGAACCCUCUAAGGAAAUUGCAGAAAAUAAAAAAGACUUGAACGAUUCAAAAAGUGAUAAAGAUGGCGAUAUUAAUUCUUCAGCUUUUCAUGGAUUAAUAGGCAAAUGUUUCAUUCCCCAUUUAGAAAUCUAUAUCGAAAGCGUUGACAGGAAUCUUGCCGACCUCAUAGAACGUUUCGUUUUGGAUCAAAAGCAAAGUAGACCAACGGAAGCCACAGAAACUCAAGCGUCAAUUUUACCCAGUUGUCCAGAUUUGUUCGUUUUCUACAAAAAAAGUAUGAUCCAGUGCAAUCAGCUGGACAAAGGCCACACUAUGUUAAAUUUAACCAAAACUUUCCAGAAGUAUCUACACGAAUACGCUGAGAAGUUACUUUUGAGUAAUUUGCCGAAAAUUGAGCCACAAAGUUUGGGUACAUCUGUGCAAAACUUUACUAAGGAUUUGCAGAAAAUAUCUACGUCAGGGUUAAUACAGAAUUUUUCGUCUUUACUGAAGGAAGGAGAGUUGACCAGGUUUACUAAAGACGAGCAAACCAAGAUAUGUUGCAUCCUAACUACUGCUGAAUAUUGUCUGGACACUACACAACAACUCGAAGAUAAACUGAAGGAAAAGAUAGAGCCCUCUUUAGUAGAUCAAGUUGAUUUAACAAAAGAACAGGAUAAUUUCCACAAGGUUAUAUCUAGCUGUAUUCAAAUUUUGGUGCAGGAUUUAGAAAAUUCAUGUGAACCUGCAUUGACAGCAAUGAGUAAGGUACAAUGGCAAAACGUGGACACAGUGGGUGACCAGAGUUCAUACAUCACAGCCAUAACAACCCACCUGAAAACCAACGUUCCUAUCAUUCGAGAAAACCUGUCACAAUCUCGUAAAUACUUCACACAGUUCUGCAUCAAAUUUGCCAACAGUUUCAUUCCCAAAUUCAUCCAAAACAUCUACAAGUGCAAACCGAUCAACACGGAGGGUGCGGAACAGCUUCUUUUAGACACACACAUGUUGAAAACUGUAUUAUUAAACCUGCCGUCUAUUGCGUCUCAGAUAAAUCGCCCGGCACCAGCUGCGUAUAUCAAGGUGGUCACUAAAGGAAUGACAAGGGCAGAAAUGAUUUUGAAGGUGGUUAUGACACCGAUAGAACCUUCGAAGAACUUUGUUGAGCAAUAUAAGAAGCUGUUGCCAGAUAGUCAACUUACGGAGUUUCAUAAAGUGUUGGAUAUGAAGACUGUGAAGAGACAGGAUCAGGUAGUGCUGUCGGAUAUUUUUAAAAGUUAUAAGUAGAGUUUGGACCAUAUGUAUGUCACAUUUGUAAGAGAGAUUAUGAAAAGUGUGCAAUUUAAGUUAAUUGAGAUUCUUGAAUGAGUGUUGGAAUGAUGAAAUGCGAAUUAACUGGAUACUAAACGAACGAUGGUUUACAGUUUUCUGUUAAACUAUAAAAUCAAUCAAUCAAUAUUCUGAUUUUUGUUUAUUUAUUUAUUUAUUUAAAAUACUUACUGGAGAUUUCUAAGUUAGGACCCCAUAUCCAAAUGUUUGUUGUUCUUCAACUAAAUAGUUAUUUUCCUAACUAGUGCGGAAAGUGAUAGUUUCCUGCACGCGACUGCCGUUGACGUGCCGUUAACGACACGAUAGCGGAGUUCGGGCAAGCAGUGGAGUGCGGGAAAGACACUUUCCGCAUGAGUUAGGAACAAUAUUUUUUCUAUGGCCUUACGUUUGGAAAAAAGCCACAACAAGUAGACUUAUAUCAAUUUUUAUUUAAGAAAGUCUUUACUUAUUACUUAGUAAUAUUAAAUGUAAACGAGAAAUUCGUGGCAUUUUGUUGCAAGCUGAUCCUUGAAUUAUUUAAUACGUUCUUUGACAAGGCUGGCAAAGCCAAAUUUUCAAUAAAAUAAAAUUGGUUUUCCUGACGACGAUUCAAAGCUUUUGUUAUUGUCUACUGAUUUGACUUUUGAAUAUUGUGUCAAAAUAAUUCUAUUUCAACGAUUUUUCACGUUAAUCUCAUUAAAACAUGAACACAAUAAGAUAAAUUUCAAAUAAAUUAGUAAAUAAUAUCUAAAUAUUAAACUUAUAUAGAAGUAAAAAAAACUUCAGUUUGUAAAAUGGUAUAUAAUUUUUUUUAAACUUCAAAAAAUGUCAUCCAAAUGGAUUAUAAAAACUUUAGAACGUUUUCGAUCUAGUCAGAUCAUCUUCAGUGACAUUCUGAAUAGUAAUUGCAACUAGCCCACUAGUUGAUAUAUAGCCUUCAAAAUUACAUAAUUAUUUCUUAAAUUGUACUAUUGUAGUACGGACACAUUGUCGAUGUUAAUAAAUUAUGCUAUAAGUACUCGAAAGCAGCAUGGCUUCCCUGCUCGAAAAUGCUGAAAGGGUACUUGUCAAGUACCGAAUUAGGGAAUCCAACGAUCUGUCAAACUCUUCCAAUAUGUCUGGCGGCUGGUAUGAAUACAUUGAAGGCAUAUGAUAGUAUAGUGUUAUUUUAGUAUUUUAAAGUAAUUUUCGUAUUUUAUGUCCGUGUAAGUAUUGCUAAAUACUUCUGUGACAUAGUAAAAAAUAUUGCUUACGUCAAUAAACUUUAAUAAUUAGUUAAAAAGUUUUAACUAAGUAAUUUGGAAGAUUGAAGAAAGCUAGGUUAACAAAUUUUAUGUUUUAUAAGUUUAAUAAAAAAUAAUACUGAGCAUCCCUAAAAUAGAUUUUAGGUAAAAUCAUCGGGGUAAUAUAUAUUUUAUUAUUUUAGGUACCUAGUAAUACCACAUUGUAUCUUAAAUUUGAAAUUUUAAUUUAAAUAAAGUAUCCAAUAAAAUCGCUUGUGUGCAGUGUUGCCAGAGAAAUUUUUGUAAAUGCACCGGAAUCAUUGGAAUAGUGACACAAAGUACUAAACCAACACAUUUUGUACAAAAACUUAAAAAACGUCGUUUAAUAUUAUUUGAAGCAAAUUUCUUAUGUCACAAAAUCAAAAGUUUGGUUAUUAAUUGUAUCAAAUUGGUACAAUUGUAACAGCUCUGGCAACGCUGAAUUGCCUGCCAUACGGCCUGUCAUUAAAAAUCACGUGGUUUGGAUUGCCUAAUUUGGUCUUUGUUACUCAACUUGACAAGUAGGGGAGACCGGGGCAGAACGGGAUACUUAAGAAAGAAAAAAUCGUAGAAAGAAAACUAAACUGUGUAUUAAAAAAUAAGAAAGUCAGACAGGAUCAUUUGCUAUUAAACUUCAUAUAACUUACUUUAUUUAUAAUCCAAAUUGCUUAGUUAUUUGGUUAUAAAGAACUUAACGUAUUAGCAGAGAACAAGUAUUAGUCCGAAAUUUCAAAAUGGGAAAUGCUACGGGGCAAAUUGGGAAUGUAUUUUAGUCAGGCUGGCAGAGUGCAGAGUUCACAAAUAUGAGCACCUUCGUCUUCAUACUCAAUACCUGCGCAGGUAUUAUGAGCCCAUCCAUUGCAGACACUACACACUACCCAUCCUUCAGUUGACUGCAAAUAGUAGCCACAAUCUUCAUUAUCUUCUGAUGAGUCAGUGUCCAUCUCGUUUUCUUCUUUAGUUUUCUUUGAUUUUUUUUAUUAGUUUCAGUUUUAGUCAGAUUGUUCUUACAACGUUUAAAUGAUAUAAAUUAGUGGCAAUUUAGGAGAGUGGGGCAAGAUGGGUAAUAUCCCGUCUCGCCCCGACCGCUUUGCCCUAAGAGACAUUAGUUCAAGUAAAAUUAGUAAUUUCUAACGUAAAAGAUAUAAAACGGUUCACAGCACGCAAUAUUAAAAUUCAGUAACAUAUCUAUCAUAUUUGAAUGAAAAACGUGAUAGAACUUGCUUACUCACCUUAUAGCACUUCUAUAAAUAUCACCAAAAUUUUUAACAAAAAAAAAAAAGAAGACGGAUUUUAUGUCUGUAAAGAAGCACACUACGUGACUAGAAGUUUCUUUCUAAUGACUGAAGUGAGUCAACCCACGCUCGUUCGAAUGGCGCUAUUGCCGAUAUUAUAACGACUAUAAGUUAUGCACACCGAUGCAUUUCCCGUUCUGCCUCGAGCCUCGUUUUGCCCCGGUCUCCCCUACCCUUUCAGCUUUUUCGAGCAGGGAAGCCAUGCUGCUUUCGAGUACUAAUAUCAUAAUCCAAUAACAUCGACAUUGUGUCGUACUACAAUAGUACAAUUUAAGAAAUAAUUAUCUAUGUAAUUUUGAAGGCUAUAUAUCAAUUAGUGGGCUAGUUUCACUUACUAUUCAGAAUGUCACUGAAGAUGAUCUGACUAGAUCGAAAACGUUCUGAUAUUUUUAUAAUCCAUUUGGAUGACUUUCUUUUAAAGUUUUUUAAUAAAAAUUACAUACCAUUUUACAAACCGAAUUUUUAACUUCUAUGUAAGUUUUUUAAUGUAAGUGACUGUUUUAGUACGGCCGUAGAAAAACAUUUUAUCGUAUUUUUUCUAUACCGUAACGAAAAUAUCUGCUUAAUUGUUAUGGCUACUAUCCACUAUUAACAAAAUAAUGAAGGUAUUAUGAUGACCAAUUUUCAAUGUCAGUAAAUUCUCUUAUUAGACAUGAAAAUAAACGACUGUUUGUAGGUACAAUAGGGAACUUGCACAUUUUUUUUAUUACAUAAUAAUGUUCAGUUUUGUAUAAAAAUGAGCUUUCCAAAAUUUCACGCUUCAAAAACUCAUAAUAACUUAGAAGUACAAAUUUAAAGUCUUCUUUAUUUUAAAAUAGUUCAAACGACCCGUGACGUCACAGAGUUUAACUAUGUGGUUCCGUUUAUGGUUAUAUUUACGUAUAUUCUUCUUCUUCUUCUUUAGUUUAUUGGCCUCCACCUACUUGGAUAUUUGCCCAGCUCGUCGUCGGGGAAUAAAGGAAAAUAUUUAUAUUCUAAUGACAUUUUAUCGUAUGUCGUUGUAAUAAUAUAUACCAGUUUGUUGAGAUUGGAGUUUGAUACAGUUUUUGAAGGAAAGGAAAGAAGGUUUACUAUUGAAAAUAAAACCAUUUUGUAAAAGUACAAAUUUUCUAUGAAUAGUUUAAACGAUCAUGUCUAAUUUAAAAUUAUAUAUACAAUUGGUGUAGAAUGUAAACAUACAACCCCAUGACGUCACGACGCGUUUUGGGGUGGCUGGUAUAAGUUGAAUUUUUAGUCGUCUUCACGGGCCAAACCAAAGACAAACAAAACUUUUUUAUCUUUGAUACAGGUUCUAAAUUAUGUUCUGUUGUGAUUUAGGUAUAUGUACCAUUUUUUUCGAAUUUAAAAUUUUAUGCAAGUUCCCUAUUUUUAAGGUACGAUAUGAUUAACGGCAAAUUUUGCCUCAAUGUUAACUGCUGAACAGCGAAAUUCUUUAAUAUACUGCAAUUGAUCCCGCUAUAAAUUUGAUACAAACAAUAAAUUUAUUACUGCUUGUUAGUUUCCCUUCGUUUUUUAUCUUUCCUGGACUCUAUUCGAUCACUAUUUUCGUUCAUCCAUUGCCUAUAACCGUUUGAAACUGGUUUAAAUUGAUUUAGAGGACUUGUUUCACUCUUGUCCUUAUAAUUCAUUCAAUCUACUCUAGCUCUAUUUCCCCCUGUAUUUGGAUCUCCUUCUGUUUUAACUUACAAAGGUGCAAUUUUUUAGAAAGAUAAACAUUGUGAAAAGUUAGGAACACUUCCUAAUAAGUUUUUCUAUUUAUAUAGGGUGGUUCAUAAAGAAUUAAAAUAAAUUAAAUAUACGUUCAUUCUGUAUCUCAGUUACAUAAAAAUAAUUAACCUCCAGUUUAAGCAAAAAAUUAAUAUUUUCUUUUGGAAAUAGAAUUAUUAAUGAGUCAGAAGUUAGAAUUGUUUAUGAGUCAUCCUGUAGAUAAUAUCAUAAAUAUAAUAUUUUUCUGUAAUUUUGUGUUGUAUAGUACAACCAACUAUAUAAGAAACUCAUUAUUUCUCAUUGUUGAUCAGAAAAUUAGCUUUUAGUUGACUAUUACUCUGUGUACUGUAGUAAUUUUAUCGUUUAAUCAUUAUAGACCAAGAGGCAGCGCUGAAAAAUCUAUUUCAAUUUACUAAAGCUAGAUUUUUCACAGUUGAUUACUGUGAGUGUGUAGAGAAACAUACUGCGGUCGGUCAAGCGAAACGUAGAACAGGGGUUACUGAAAGGGUAUCAAAGUUGCAUUCCUACGAAGGUAAUUAUUUCCAUUUACUAAGGCUGAAUAUCAGUACACACAUUCUAAAUUAAAUAUAAAUAAAAGUUAUUAUAGUCGGUCAGCUGUAUGACGGGACAGAGCCGGUCGGUCGGCCCCAAUAGUCGAUUGAGGAAAUGAAGCAUUUUGGCUCGCAAUUUUUUCGACCAGCAUGGAUUUACUUGAAAUUUUCACAGAAGGUAGCGAAUAGUCCAAGGAUCAUUUUAUAUAUCAUGCCGCUAUCAUACGCUAAAACCUUGAGGGUGGUUGCCACCCCAUCUCGGGGGUGGGAAUUUUUUAUUACAUUUUAACCAUGUAAUUCGAUGGAAAAAGUGAUUCUAAGAAAAAAAUGUAUUUUACAUUUUCUUCGCAAAACUAAUAUUUUUCGAGUUAUUCGCGCUUGAAAAUAACAGUUUUUCGACGAAAAAAUCGACUUUUUUAGAGGGUUUUUUGAGAAUACCUCGAAAAAUAUUCUAUAUAUUUUUGGCGAUAAAAAGUUUCUUCAAAAAUGAUUUUGUAGGAUUUUUAAAGAGCUAUAAGAUUGUGUAAAUUAAAUUCCGUAAGAUCGCUUAGUUUUUAAUUGGGGCGGGUUUAAAGGGCUCAAAUAAGGGGGUGUUUGCUGGUAAAUAGAGGUUUUAAACAGCUACAUGAACAGCUAACUGUUCACUGUAAUGAAAAUCUAUGUACAGGGUAAUUUUAGUCAUUAAAAAAGCUACAAUUUAGUAGUUUAUAAUUUUUUUCGUAUCUUCAGUAUUUUCGGAGAUAUUAUGAAGUAAAAGGUGAAAAAUACCAAAUUGCAAAAAAUCAAUUUUUCUUUAAAACUCCAAUUUUUCCAAAAUUAGGCCAUUUAAAUAGAUCAAACUCCUUGAGUCUAUUGAUAAUAUAAAUAUAAAAGGAACUACAGAAAGGUAAAUACCAAUUUUGAAUUAGGAAGGUAGUUAGGGGGUUGUUCUCACUGAUUUUUUCGUAAAGAAAAGCAGGUACCGACAUUUUUUUAAUUAUAAGUCGCUUAAUUUUCAUACUAGAAUCUUUUUAUUAUUAUUUUUUGAAAGCAUAAUUGUUUAAGUUUUCCUCGAAAAAUGCAAAUUUUUCCCAUUAUUUGGCUUUAAAUAUUUCAAAUUCUUCAUUUGACGAAAAAAGCUAAUCUUUAACAUGCCGUAUCUCGGUUUGUAUUGGUCUUAAAUAUAUUACUGGAAAAUAAUAUAGUUUGUGUUACUAAAGGGUACAAUUUUGAUAUCUACAGUUUCUUUUACUAAAUGCAUAUUUUUCGAGAUAUUCUCAAAAAACCCUCUAAAAAAGUCGAUUUUUUCGUCGAAAAACUGUUAUUUUCAAGAGCGAAUAACUCGAAAAAUAUUAGUUUUACGAAGAAAAUGUAAAAAACAUUUUUUUUCUUAGAAUCACUUUUUCCAUCGAAUUUCAUGGUUAAAAUGUAAUAAAAAAUUCCCACCCCCAAGGUUUUGGCGUAUGAUAGCGGCAUGAUAUAGAAAAUGAUCCUUGGACUAUUCCCCUACCUUCUGUGAAAAUUUCAAGUAAAUCCAUGCUGGACGAAAAAAUUGCGAGCCAAAAUGCUUCAUUUCUUCAAUCGACUAUUGGGGCCGACCGACUCAUAUGUCCCGUCAUACAGCUGACCGACUAUAAUAACUUUUAUUUAUAUUUAAUUUAGAAUGUGUGUACUGAUUUUCAGCCUUAGUAAACAGAAAUAAUUACCUUCGUAGGAAUGCAACUUUGAUACCCUCUCAGUAACCCUUGUUCUACGUUUCGCUUGACCGACCGCAGUAUGUUUCUCUACACACUCACAGUAAUCAACUGUGAAAAAUCUAGCUUUAGUAAAUUGAAAUAGAUUUUUCAGCGCUGCCUCUCCGUCUAUUAUAUCGUUUAAGCGUAUCAAUACGCGAAUCUUUGUUCAGUUAAAAUAUCUAUCCGCGGUGUGCAAGUACUUGGAGGGGAUACGAGAAACGGUCGUGCGCGAAUAGCGAAGAAAUAUUGCAAUUUUCUUAAAUAAUUCAUAUUGUCAAUUGAAAUGGACAUCCUAAGUCUUCACGUCAUAAAAUUGGGAGGAGCUUAUAUUUGACUCCAAACAAUUUUGUUUAUAAUGUUAAACACUCAUAAGGAAUUUUUAAUUUAUUGUUUAAGUGGUUUGUGUGACAAAAUAAGACUUUUCAUUUAGGUAUUUAGUUAAAGAAACGUGUCAAUUAAGAGAUUUUUAUUCGUUUUUGCCCUGGUGAGUUCAUUUAAUGCAAUGAUUAGAACGUAAACAGUUUUGAGGUUAUGUUUAUUUUCAACCACUAAGGAAUAAACACCACCUGAGCAAAAACGAAUAAAAAUCUCUUAACACGUUUCUUUAACGAAAUACCUAAAUGAAGACUUAUUUUGCCACACAAAGCACAUAAAUGAAAAAUUCCUUAUGACCAUUUAACGUUACAAACAAAAUUGUUUGGAGUCAAUAUAAGCUCCUCCCAAUUUUGUGACGUCAGACUUAGGCUGUCCAUUGUCAAAUUGACGUAUAUUUCAUACCUACUGUCAUUAAAAAAGAAAAAUUAUGUGUUGCUAACAAUAUUGAUAUGAUAUGCAAUUAUUAUAUAAAAGUAAAUUUAAUUAAUUGUAUUUUGCUUGCAGUACUGCAUUUUAAUAACUAAUUUUAUUUACUACAUACAAUUGUUUACCUUUUAAUAACAUAACCUAAAUCUUACUUUUUCUUCUUAUAAUUUUUUUUGGGGCUACGGCCUUGACAAUUAUCCAGCAACCAGGACCAAUAUGAUUGGCCAAUAUAAUUAAAAGUGCGAAAAAAGUUGCCGAGCUAUGAAACCAGGUGUCGCUUUUCUGAUCUUGCACGGUCCCAAUAUGUAUUUAGGUUUCUAAGCAGACUAACUACUCCGAUAGGGACAUAAUAUGGAGGAGUAACAUUGAACAAGUUGUCUACUACGAUAUAUUUCAUUUCUCUUUCAGCAAUUAUAUCAAAUUGUUUCAAAUUUGUUUUGUCCUUAUACGGACCCGUUAUAUAUCUAGUUAAACUGUUUAUCUAUCAGCAAUAAAUAAUAUUGAGUCUCUUAUAUUGUUAAUCAGACUAAACGUCCUUAAUUUAAUAGAUUUGUUUAUUGUUUUAUAUUAUUAAUUUAUAUAAUUUUGUUACAAAAAGUGAAUUAAAAGAUGUAUCACUA